AUGGAGAUGGAGAUGAUGAGGGAGCAUCGGCGUCAGGCUGCCCGCAGGAGGAGGAGGUUCAUUUGUCGCCACCUUUGCCAUCAAAGACGUGGGAUGGCUCGGCAUUACUGUGCCAUUAAUGCCACAGUACCGGUGCUGCAGAGGUACUACGGAGGGGAGGACACCCGACCUGACUUCAGGCUGGGCAGAGACACCAUGCAUCAGCUGAUGGUGGCGCUGAAAACUGACCGGCGGCACGGAUGGGGUCCGACCCUGGAGACACUCGUGUUUCUGUUCUGGCUGGCAACCGGUUCAGCCUACCGAGUUGUCUCCAGGGUCUUUGGAAUGCCUCUACCCACCGUCCAUAGAGUUGUCCACAGGAUGGUGGAUGAGGUGGUGGCUAUGCUGCCUCAGUUUGUCUGUACACAGGAGGAGCUCCAGGUGGUCGGGGAUGGAUUUGCCCGGUUGGCUCAUCACCGAGCAUUUGCCAAGGCAGCAGGGGCAGUAGAUGGCUGCCACAUCAGAAUUAAAUGUCCUGGCGGCCCUGAUGGUCACGACUAUAACAACAGGAAACUCUUCCCGUCCGUGGUGCUCCAGGCAGUCUGUGACCAUCAGGGUCGCUUUAUGGACAUCUUUGUGGGUUACCCAGGAAGCGUGCAUGAUGCACGCAUCCUGAAGAACAGCCCCAUCUACACUAGGGGGACUUACCCUCCACCUGGGUAUUUCCUCCUAGCUGAUGGUGGCUACCCAUGUCUACAGGAACCCCUGGCCCUUAUCACACCAUAUAAGAGGCCAGUGAGAGGCAUGGCAGAGCAACGGUUUAAUUACCAUCAUUCCAGAGGUCGCACAAUCAUUGAGCGUGCCUUUGGAAUGAUGAAAACCCGCUUCAGGUGCAUCUUUUUAGAAGCACUUGAAGUACAUCCAGUGUUUGUCCCUAAGGUGGUGACAGCGUGUGGAAUUUUACACAACAUUUGUGUUGGUGUCGGAGAUGAGCUGGAAGAGGCUGUGGAGGAGGACGACAACCAGCCACCUCUGGAGCGUGAUGGUGGGGAGAGCCGGAGUGGAGCAGCUUGGCGGGCCGCGCUAACAAAUGACGUGUCUGCACUGCAUGAGGCACCUCUGGACCACGACUAUUUUUCCCAGAUCAGAAGCAGUGGUACAGGUUAUCGCCAUAAAGUGCAUGAAUGGCUAAAAUCUCCCUUGACUGGGAGGCAGCACAAAUUGGUCAUUCCAGCCGAGGCUCCGGACAAGAAAUUUGUGCUUCUUGUCGGAGACUCCCAUUUGCGAAGCAUCGCAGAUGGAAUUGUCAAGAUGCCAGAAGGAGGGCUCUCCUUCGGUGUCAUGUCAACCCCAGGGGCCUGCGCGACUGAGUUGAGGACCGAGGUGAUGAAUGCUACUCUCCUUCGGACACCCGACGCAGUCUGUCUUAUAGCCCCGAGCAACAAUCUUACAACCAGCAAGACCAUUGAAGAGGCCGGAGUAGACUUCAACUUGCUCCUGCGCAGUGUCUGCAGUCGCUGGUCUAAGGUCUUUGUGUUUGACUUCCCGCCUCGCUUGAACAUUGACAUUGCUUGGCAGGAUCAUAUGCGGCAAGAAUUUUGUCAUGUGGCAGCACGUUUGGGUCCACUUGAGCGACAGUCAUGGUGUGCCCAUCUUUGUGGAGAUGUUGUGGCGUACUGCUAA